AACCACUUGUGAAGUUUUUCAGGGAGGGAAUAGUUCUGGUGGUAAUAAUAAACAAGUAAAAAUUCGAAAAGAAAUUUUCGGUUCCAGAUGUUUAAAGUUUAGUUUUUACAGAUUGUUAUAUCCAAUGAAGUUAUUUUUAAUUUCAGAGCAUAUACAGAAAGAUGACCUGUAAAUGACGAAUCACCAAAAUAAUGAAUAGAGAAUUGAAACCAAGCAAAGAAGAAAUAACAAAACUAUUGAGAGCAGCUCAAAAAGGAGAUCUAACAUGCAUUGAAUUCAUCCUAACUAAGUACACUAAGUUCCAUUGGAGUGAAAUUUUUUAUGAGAAAACUGGCGAUACAGUCCUUCAUUGUGCUGCCAGAUUAGGGCACAUCAGUAUAAUUCAUUACCUUAUAUCAAGAUUCACGCCUACAGCGAUAGAUUGUAAGAACAAAGAUGACAAGACUCCGUUGCACGAAGCUGCUCAAUUCUCCCAGUUUGAAAGUUGCAAAAUCCUCAUAGAAUAUGGGGCUAACGUUAAUGCUCUGAAACGAGCUGACUGGACUCCUCUCAUGUUGGCUUGUACCAAACUCAACCCUCAGAAUAGUUGGCAAACUGUUCAUUUACUCUUGGAAAAUAAAAGUAUUGUGAAUUAUAAGAAUAAGGAUGGAUGGACUUGCGCCCACCUAAUAGCACGUGAAGGGGAUGAAACAAUUUUCAAAUUACUGAUCGAAUACGGUUUGGAAGUGAGAGCAAAAACCAGUAAUGGACGAACAGCUCUCCAUAUAGCUGCCCUGCAUGGCAAAUUGAAAAUUGUUGAAGUUCUGUUGGAUUUGGAUUGUGACGUAAAUGAAAAGGACAAUUGUGGCAAUACUCCUCUACAUGAAGCUUUGUUAGGAAAUAAUAUUGAUAUAUUUAGAAUCCUUAUAAGUUGUGGAGCUGAUAUUUGUGCCAAAAACCACUGCGAUUAUGGUUUAUUCCAUUUGGCGGCUUGUGAAGGAAGUUUGGAAGUUAUCCAAUACAUAUUAGAUGUAUUGAAGCUUGAUGUGAAUGAGGUCAAUAAGCUAGGUCUUACUCCAUUGCACUGUGCUGCGAGAAAAGGCCGAAAAGUAAUUUAUGAGUUUUUGGUACAGAAUGGGGCCAGUGAAGCCUCUAUAGACAAUUUUGGCAGGCAAGCUCUGGACUAUUUACAAUAAUACUGAUUAUGCAUUAUCUUUUUUCACAAAACAUUUUUUAAUAUCCAUAUUUCACACCCUUAUGUUAUAAUUUACAUCUUUACUUUAAAACCACACCAUCUGAAAUACAUUUUUGAUUAGGUA